AACACAUGAUGGUAGAACAUACUGCACAGGCACAGUUGCCCCAUUGCAGUACCGUAUUUUAUUUCGAAACCAUAUUUUUUCGGUUGUCCCAAAAUAAAAAUAAAAAUACACGCAGAACAUACUCCUGUCUGUUGACAAGUCUGUCAACGCCAAGAGCAGCGGUAACAACAACUAAACGAAAACCAUACUAUCAUUUCCUUCUUUCGAUGGUACAUUGCCUGCGUGAACGGGACAGACUUCCAAAUCACAUGGAUAGGCUGUUAAUCGCCUCGCUGAGAGGGCACGUCGGAUAAGUUUCAUUUACAGAUCGUCUCCAGGGAAACGCAAGUGCAACAGUUUGUUGACUGAGCUAUGUGUCACGCGAUAGUACUGUGACUGUUUUUUGUUGUUGACUUCUAGUUCACCCUUGAUAAAGUGUUGAUUUUAGACGAGGCAAAGUAAACAUUUGAGCGGUAAACAUCAUCUAGGUUCAUGGAGAUAACGAAGACCCCUGGGGCGAGUUUCAUUAAUUAAAGGUUUGAACUCUUACUAAUCAAAAAGGAACCUGAACCAUCAAGUUGGUUGAGAAUGGCUAACAGCAGGGAUGCCAGUGAGAGCACUCCUCUUUUGGACUCAGUUGAUGGGAACAGACCUUCACCACCAUCAGUUUUCCAGGGAAGACGACUAGCAUGUGCAGCCAUCCUGCUGGCUGAAUCAUUAGAAAGGAUUGCCUUCUACGGCAUCACAUCCAAUCUGGUUCUUUUUCUCAAUAGUAGUCCUUUUUAUUGGGAGGGCACUCAGGCGAGUCAGGCACCUCUGAUGUUCAUGGGAGUUACUUACCUGAUUUCCCCAUUUGGAGGCUGGUUGGCGGAUGCAUAUCUUGGAAAAUUCUGGACCAUUGCUUCAAGUUUGAUCCUAUAUUUCACUGGCUUGUUGUUUUUCCCUUUCAUUUCAAAUGAAGACACCAGGAUACACCUGUGUGGAGAAGAAGUGGCUUUUCCUGUGCAACCUGCUGAGUGCCUGAGCACAAACAGUACCCCUCCAAACAAUGUAACCUGCCCCAUCCGGGCCCCAUAUUGUGGCCCAGUAGUCUACAGUGGACUUUUUUUAAUUGCAUUGGGUGUGGGUACUGUGAAGUCCAACAUCACUCCAUUUGGGGCAGAUCAGGUCAAAGACAGAGGACCAGAGGCCACGCGCAGAUUUUUCAACUGGUUCUACUGGUGCAUUAAUUUAGGAGCCAUCCUUUCUCUGGGAGGUGUGGCCUACAUCCAGCAAAAUGUCAGUUUUGAGCUUGGCUACAUCAUUCCAGCAGUUUGUCUCGGGGUCUCUUUCCUGGUCUUUCUCCUGGGCCGAACCGUCUUCAUCACCAAGCCUGCUGAUGGCAGUGCUUUCACAGAUAUGGUCAAGAUCCUGAGCUUCGCCUGCUGGUCUCAAAAACCCAAGGAACCUAACUUGCUCCGCAACAAACCGACACUACUAGACAGUGCCAAAGUGACCUAUGGAGGAAAAUUUCCAGAAGAGAAAGUAGAGGAGGUGAAAGCCCUGGUGAAAAUCCUCCCAGUUUUCUUUGCCCUUAUCCCAUAUUGGACGGUGUAUUUCCAGAUGCAGACAACAUACGUCCUGCAGAGCCUCCAUCUAAGGAUUCCUGAUACUGGCUCGAACAGUACUGUUGACUCCCACCAGAUGACGUUUCGCUUCCCGGCUGCCUGGCUCACAAUGUUUGACGCAGUGCUCAUCCUUAUGCUGAUUCCCCUUAAGGACAAAGUGGUGGACCCUAUCUUGAAACGUCGCGGCCUGUUGCCCUCGUCUCUGAAGAGGAUUGCGGUGGGGAUGUUCUUUGUGAUGUGGUCUGCUGUGGCAGCGGGUAUUUUGGAGACAAAACGCCUGGAAAUCGUCAAAUCAAAUGGUACAAUUGACCAGGUGCUUGGCAACGUUAUCUACUACGCAGCAGAUUUACCCAUAUGGUGGCAAGUUCCUCAAUAUGUGCUGAUAGGAAUCAGCGAAAUCUUUGCCAGCAUUGCAGGCCUGGAGUUUGCCUAUUCUGCAGCCCCGAAGUCCAUGCAGAGUGCCAUCAUGGGGCUCUUCUUCUUUUUCUCUGGGAUUGGCUCCUUCGUGGGCUACGGUUUGUUGGCUAUUGUCUCCCUCAAGGAGAUUGGCUGGAUGUCAUCCCACAGAGACUUUGGUAAUAUCAAUGACUGCUCUCUGCACUAUUACUUCUUCCUCCUGGCAGGGAUCCAGGGCAUAACCUUGCUGGUCUUCCUUAUUGUCUCUGUCAAGUAUGACAAACAGAGGGGCAGAUUGGGAAGCCAAAGACAGAGACACGCCUCCUCUUGACUCCAACACAUGUCCCAGUAUCCCCGUUCACCGUACCUGCCUUUUCCUGUUAUAUCACUCAAUGCCCAAAGACCCUGUUGAAUGGAUCCUUACUAAUCACAUCAUACAAAAGUCUGAGUUACCUCAUGUGAUUCUGUCAUGACUAUAUAUUUCUUAUUUAUGUUGGUUGAAGCUUUUAUGUAGGAAUCCUUUAUCCUUUUUUAUAACAACAAUGGUUUUACAUCACUGGGUGAAUGCACAGAUACCACUGAACGUAUAGAGAUUAAUACAGCAGCCAUGUUUGAAUCGUUUCUACUUUACUCCCUUUCUCUCCAGUGUGUUUCCAACUGUUGCCUUUCUUUGAACAUUUGCACUUGACUUGAGGAGUGGUACCAUAAAAAUAUGUUAUCUUGAUAUUUUCUAAUCAUGAAGAAGGUUCAGUUGUUUUAUAGCUUGAUUUUUACUUUUUUGUUUCCUAAUAAAUCUUAUUUUUGGACUAACUCUUUUACUAACCAUUUUACCAUCCUGGGUAUGAUAAAUGAAUAUUUAGUCAAACCAACCAUUUGAAUAGUUUCUCAACAUACACUAUCAAAUGUGAAAAUGGGGUAUUUGUGCAUUAUUAUUAUGUACUUGAAUGUCAGCAAUAUUUUUUACCUAUGGAGCCAUGUAGUUGUGAUCACAUCAAAUGGGAAAUUAGUUGUGAUGCAGAGGGUAAUUUUAUGUUUUAGUGUUGUUGCACUUUCCCAGAAUUGAUUGCUGAUAAUAUUGAGACAGGAUAGGGUUUUUGUUCGAAGAGAUUCCAAAUGAACACAAUAGAAAUUCCGUUUGACUAAUCUAAUAUUCAAAUCAAAUAUUGGCAGAAAAAACAUUCUACUACAAUUGUUUCCUCUGUUUCCACAGUCCUCAAACAGCAACAUACAUGAAUAAAGAUAACUCCUCAUGUUAAAAAUACUCCAUGACUCCCAUGAAGCUUCACAGCAGUAUUUAAUUUCUGGUCAAGCUGCAAAACUGCAGGUAUCAGCAUGACAAACAAUUAAUUGGAAACUAACCUUUGACUUAACCAGCAACCUUGAGUGUAGCUCUUAAAAUAUCUGUGGCAUUAAUGCUUGGAGGGUGAUCAAAAGUAGUUCUGGAUUUAAAUUCAUUUAAAAUAAAUAAGUAAUCAAAAAUUAAAAAUAUAAUCCAUUCACACUGACAUCAUGUCUACAUUUGGAAUUCAUAGCAAAAUGAAUCACAACUUCCAAAGUGUUUGCUGUCAGAAACUUUUUACAGUGUUAUCAUGGCUUUGCAGCUUUGCCAGAAAAUCUUGAAAAAGAAGCCUCUGUUUUGUUGUUGUAUUUAUUAGACUGUGAUGCAUUUGUUUUAGCUUUAUACUGUUAAGAAUAGUGCUAGUGUGUGUGUUUCUUCAAUCCUCAGAAUAAGUAGAGCACAUGGUACUGAAUUUACUCUCAGGGCUUGAUGAAUAGUGUCAAGUGGCAUAACUCUGCAGGAAAUGUAAAACUGCCUUUGGGAGCUCAGAAGAGUGUUUAGCCUGUGGUGUAAAUAAAGUUACUUUUGUAACAGCACAUUAAAAGAAGACGCUAUCACACUGACGAUAUGUGAUGCUUUUUAUGAUGGUUUUAAUUUGUGUUUAACUAGUUGGAUAAAUGGAUGUUCCUCGUUUUAUUGCAUAUUUUAUAUAUACUUGCUUUGUCAUCUCAGUCAUCUUAAAAUGAUUUCUUAAGUUUAUUUUGGAAUUAUAUUCUUCUUUCAUAUUGCUGCAGAACUGGAAUAUUGUUUUAUGGUUAUUUUUAUGGCCAUUAAAGUAUAUUAAACUGAGAAUUGGGUUUCAACCUUUGCCUAAAUAAAGCAUCACUUGCAAAGCUAG